AAGUCAGGAAAACUAAAAUACUUCUCCAAGGAAUUACUUCCCGCGACUGAGUAGUAUUUGAACUCAUGAGUCACGCACGCACUCACGAAUGGAAACAUCGCUUGAUUUUUGAAUGCUUUAACGGAUCAUCAACACGCUGGUCAAGCAUAAAAUAUUCAUGUGGAGGUUUUCCGAAGUAUCCUGGCGACAGGAAAAUCUAAACACAUAUCCUCAUUUACCGUUAUAAAAUAGACGUGUUAAGUGUGUCCCUGUAUUCGCGAUUCUUGGCCGUUCAGAGAAGAUGAAACAUCAACAAGUGGUGGUGGAUUACUGGACGAUGGCAAAGACGUCCUUAACGUAUCUCAUCCUCGUGGCCGGAGCGUGGGUCAUGUUCAGGCUUUUUCAUGCCGUUUUCUGGUUUCCCCAAAUGAUGCAGCAGAAGCAUGAGGAGCUCGCUCAGACGAUUGAGUACCACUCGAAGAGGCUGCAGGAGUCUAUGGAGAAGAAUAAGGAACAGAUCGAGGGGACAGUGACUGAGUCAAGCGAACCACCUGCAGAGGAGGAUAAGAAGGACAAGUAG